AUAUUAAUUUAAUUCAAUCUAAAAAUAAUUUAAUACUUUAAUCAAAAUGACAACGAAAGAGCUUUACACUAAGGAUGCCCAAGUAUGGGUAGAGAAUUUGGAUACAGUAUGGGAGAGUGCAACAGUAGUAGCGGACUUCCGUUCUGGGGUCCUCAUAGUCAAACUCGAUCAAUCUGGGGAGAUACGACAAAUAAAGAUCACAGAUGAGAAACAGAUGCCCCCAUUGAGGAAUCCAUUACUACUGAUUGGCCAGAAUGAUCUCACUUCUCUAUCAUACCUCCAUGAGCCAGCUGUGUUGCAUAAUCUUAAAGUUAGGUUCUGCGACCGCAACGCCAUCUACACAUACUGCGGCAUCGUGCUGGUGGCUAUCAAUCCAUACUAUGAUUUACCCAUUUACGGAGAUGAAACUAUUAUGGCUUACCGGGGCCAAUCUAUGGGGGACUUGGACCCGCAUAUCUUCGCUGUAUCCGAAGAGGCCUACACAAAACUGGAGAGGGAAACCAGGGAUCAAAGUAUCAUAGUAAGCGGAGAAUCGGGCGCUGGCAAGACAGUGUCAGCCAAAUAUGCAAUGAGAUAUUUCGCGGCAGUGGGAGGCAACGCCAGCGAGACACAAGUAGAGAGGAAAGUCCUCGCCUCCAGCCCUAUUAUGGAGGCUAUUGGUAAUGCGAAAACAACAAGGAACGACAACUCGUCGCGAUUCGGCAAGUUCAUAGAAAUACACUUCGACAGCCAGUACCGGAUAUCCGGCGCGAGCAUGCGCACCUACCUGCUGGAGAAGAGUCGUGUGGUGUACCAGAGCGCGGGAGAGAGGAACUACCACAUCUUCUACCAGCUGUGCGCCGCCAGAGGACUCAUGCCGGAGCUGCAUUUGGAUCACCAGGAUACAUUCCAUUACCUGAACCAAGGCGGGAGUCCCAACAUCGACGGCGUGGAUGACUUGAAAGCAUUCAAUGAGACCAGGAAUGCUCUCGUCACAUUAGGUGUGUCAGAAACGGAGCAACAGAACAUGUACGCGGUGCUCGCCUGCAUCCUACACCUGGGUAACAUCGAGCUGACCACGUGUGGACCUGAAGAUGGACAAGAGAGCGAGGAGGGAGCCUACAUAAAUGCGCGGGACAGACAUCUGCUAGCGACAAGCAACUUAUUAGGCAUCACAGCGACUGACCUCCGUCAUUGGCUCACUCACCGCAAGAUAGCGUCCGCACACGAAGUAAUCGUGUCCAGGCUCGACGAACCGCGGGCGGCCGCAGCCAGAGACGCAUUAGCCAAGCGAAUGUACGGCGAACUGUUCGCAUGGCUCGUGCGAGCAGUCAAUAGAGCGCUCGAUACUGGUCAUGCGAAGAAGCAUUUCAUUGGCGUGCUGGACAUCUACGGGUUUGAAACCUUCGAAAUCAACUCAUUCGAGCAGUUCUGCAUUAACUACGCGAACGAGAAACUACAGCAGCAGUUCAAUUCGCACGUCUUCAAGCUUGAACAGGACGAAUAUAUAAAGGAGGAAAUAUCAUGGAAGAUGAUCGACUUCUACGACAACCAGCCGUGUAUAGACCUGAUUGAGGAUAAACUUGGUAUCCUGGCGCUGCUCGACGAGGAGUGCCGAGUACCUCAGGGCUCGGAUCAGGGUUUCGUGUCCAAGUUGCAUGAUAAGUGUGCCAAGUACCCGCACUUUAUGAAGCCAAGGUUCGGCCGAUCUGCGUUCAUAAUAAAACAUUUCGCCGACAACGUGGAAUAUCAAUCCGGUGGUUUUCUGGAGAAGAACAGAGACACGGUGUCUGAGGAGCAGCUGGAAUGUAUAAAGUCAGCGACCAGUUGCCGUCUCAUCCACACAAUGUUCGCGGAGCAGCAAGACCAGUCCGCGACUCUACCGCCGCCGUCAAGACGCAGACAGCCCAACAUGGCGAUUGGCAGUCUUACACAACCAGUGAAACGACCAUCCGGUCAGAAGCAAACGGUGGGCUCUCAGUUCCGAGCGUCGCUGUCCGCACUGAUGGCCACACUGUCGGCCACCACGCCGCACUACGUGCGCUGCAUCAAGCCCAACGACACCAAGCAAUCGUUCAGCUUCGAUCCCGCCAGGGCUGUUCAUCAACUUAGGGCCUGUGGUGUGCUGGAGACCAUACGGAUAUCAGCGGCUGGUUUCCCAUCGCGGUGGUUGUACCAAGACUUCUUUCAUAGAUACCGUUUACUCUGCGUUCACAAAGACAUAGAUCGCACCAACAUCAAGAGCACUUGUGGUCGCAUACUGGCCAAACAUCUCAAAGAUCCAGACAAGUACCAGUUUGGAGCUACGAAGAUAUUCUUCAGAGCCGGACAGGUGGCAUACUUGGAGAAGAUCCGUGCGGAUAUCCAGCGGCUGUACUGCGUGCGCGUACAGAGCUGCGUGCGGCGAUUCGUCGCCAGGCGCCGGUACCUGCGGCUGAUGACUGCGCUGCGGGGACUGCAGGCGCGGGCCAGGGGAUACCUCGCACGGCGCAAAGCACAAGAAGUUCGCCGUAACCGUGCGGCAAUUAAAAUCCAGAGGAAUGUUCGUGGAUGGCUCGCAAGGGUUGAAUACCAAAGAUGGAGAAAACUGGCUAUCGGUCUACAGGCGUAUGGCAGGGGAUUCCUCGCCAGGAGACUGUACAGAGACCGGAGGAAGGUCAAAGCGGUAAUCACGUUGCAACGCUACGCACGGGGCUACCUUGCGAGAAAGAAAGCAAAGAAGCUGAGAUGGCAGAUUGUCAUCGCACAAGCGGCUAUACGUCGCUUCCUCGCCCGCCGUCAGUACAAACGUCUCCGUAUAGAAGCGCGCAGUCUUGAUCAUGUGAAGAAACUGAACAAAGGUCUGGAGAAUAAAAUCAUCAGCUUACAACAGCGGCUCGGUGAUGCCCUCGAGAGGAACAAAUGUAUUGAGCCGUUGCACACGCAAAUUGCGGACUUAAAAUCAAAGUUAGAGCUUCUAAAAUUAGUGGAAAUUGAAGUUAAAACUCUUCGUGUCGGUAUCGAUGAUAAGGACAGCUUGAUUAUUGCUUUACAAGCGGAACUGGCGAGUGAAAAGGAUAGCAAUAUGCGAUUGUCCGAAGAGAAGAAAGAAAUAGAACAGCAAUACAAGAAAGAUAGAGAAGAAUCGGAAGCGGAGAGUGAGAAAUUAGCCGAGGAAUUGAGAAGUAAUAAGGAACGCUACGAUUUGGAUAUAGAAGAACGUGACAAACAGCACGAACAAGAGAAGAAGGCUCUGUGCGCAGAGUUAGAAGCAGAAAGACAGAGUCGGCAGAAGUUGUUGUCAUCUCAAUAUGAGUUGCAGGAACGAUUGGAUGCGUUACAGAGGACUUCGGCGCCCAAGGAGCACAGACGAUCACUGUCAGAUGCAAGCAACAACUCCCAACAGGAGACUACAGUCGAAGAUGAUUAUGGCUAUGGAUCGGUGCGUUCAGUGGAGACCACACGGCCGGCGUUGGAAGCUGUCAACUGGUCUACGGGUUCACACAACGGCGCAGCGCCGAUCGCGGAUGCAGGUCUGGUUCUUCGUAUGCAGAACAGAAUAUCGGCGUUGCAGAGCGAACUUUCUAGAACUUCGAAGCGCGCCGCCGACUUAGAGGAGCGGCUUAUGAAUCGCAUGGCCUCCCCACCGAGCAACCCCAACAUCGACAGGUUUAAGGUGGAAGAAUUGGAGAUAGAGAAUAAGAAGCUGCGGGAGCACCUGGACAGGCUUCGGGAAGCUGGAGACAGCAUGCUCAUCUCCAAGGAAGUCAUUGAACAACUGGGUGUGAUGCAGAAGGAAUUGGACAGGAGACGAGACGAAUGCGUACAACUCAAGAGCGUUCUUACUAAUCAGAAACCAUGGUUCCAAGCGCUCAAAAGUGUCACGGUGAAUCUAAAGUCCCUCGCGUCGUCCAAUUACGGUUCAGAUGUGGACAUCAUCAACGAAGAUGGGGAACUGGCAACGGCUUACGAAGCACAGAAAGGUAUUAACAGACAACUGCAAGAGGAGUUGACAGCAGAGAAGAAAUUCUACUCGGAGCACAUCAUGAAGACUAAAGGUGAAAUCGACAGGUUGCGAGAGGAGAAUGAGAAGUAUCAAAAAUUGCUCAGUGCGGACCUCAGUCAAGAGCCCAAGAACAAGUCGCUGGAGUUCUCGCAGAAUGAAAUCAUACGCUUGGCAGCGGAGAGCUUGGCGUUGCAGGAACGCGUCGACAAAUUAUCGGAGAGCUGCCGCCGGUACAAGAACCAGAUACGAUUGUUGGUCAAUAAGCUGAAGGAAGUCGGCAUCGACGAUGUUAGCGACAUCUUGGAAAAUACAGACACAGUGGCGCCACCAAACGCGCCGCUGACACUACAGAUGGCGCCCGUGACGCGCAAGAAGGAGCGCGAAUACUUGGGCAUGUUCGAAUAUAAGGUCCAAGAUGAGGGGACCAUCAUAAAGAAACUCAUCACGGAUCUGAAACCCAAGAUAGCAGUGACUUUCCUACCCGGCUUGCCAGCGUACAUCCUGUUCAUGAUGCUGCGUCAUAUGGACCACGUGGACGAUGAGCCCAAGAUGCACCAGCUGAUGAAGGCAGUCAGGACUGGCGUCAAGAAAACCCUGAAGAGACGGGCCGACAGCGUGGAGUAUAAUGCUUUGUGGUUAGCCAAUAUGCUCAGAUUACUGAACAAUCUACGACAGUAUAGCGGGGACUCUGUAUACCAGAACACGAACACACCGCGUCAGAAUCAACAGUGUCUGAGGAUAUUCGAUCUUUCGGAGUAUAGGCAGGUACUCAGCGAUAUCGCCGUGUGGAUAUACCAAGGUCUGAUCCACCUGCUGGAGCGUCAGCUGGAGCGGCUGAUCAUCCCGGCGAUCCUGGAGCACGAGGAGAUCAGCGGGCUGUCGGGCCCCGCGCGGCCCUCCCCCGCGCCCCCCGCACACCCCCCACCCGCCGCCGGGCCCGCCAGGCUCAAGCAGGAGCUCGCACUCACCCACGAACAUCUGCAGACCUUCGCCGUCGACCAGCCCCUCAGGGUUACCAUAUUCAAGCAGUUAUUCUACUACAUCUGCGCGUACAGUCUGAACCAGCUGCUACUACGCAAAGACCUGUGUUGCUGGGCCAAGGGUCUGCAGAUCAGGUACAACAUCUCCCACCUGGAGACCUGGAUUAAGGAGCACCUGGCCGAGUACGGACAGAAGAGUGUGGAAGAGAUCCUGGGUGUCCUGAAGCCUAUCACGCAAGCCGUGCAGCUGCUACAAGCCAGGAAGUCGAUGGCAGACGUACAGAGCACGGUGGAGAUGUGUGCAGACCUCACCGCCAUGCAAGUCUGCAAGAUCCUGAACAUGUACACACCAGCUGAAGAGUACGAGGUGAAAGUGACCCGCGAAUUCAUUCAUGAGAUACAGAGGAAGAUGCAGGAGAAAGCUGGACCAAACGCGGACAAGGAACCGCAAAACCUAUUAAUGGAUUCGAAGAUGAUAUUCUCAGUCCAGUUUCCAUUCAACCCGUCAUCAAUCAGAUUGGAAGCCAUCGAACUACCCGAAGUGUUGGAGCUGGACGGACUGUUAACUAAAAUAUAAGUUAGUCGCUUCUAAACAUUAUUAAUAUCCCGAGUUUACUUGACAUUUUAAUUAGUAUUUCCAUGGUAAUGAGGAAAUCUCUCAAUAAUGGGAUUAUAGCAAAGCAAUUUGGAUCUUCAUGCU